AUGUCCCUCUCAAUCCACGAAGUAGCAGCCAGCGCAGUCCAAGCCAGGUCCCGCAUCGCCUCCCACAUCUACACAACCCCCCUCCUCCCAGCCCGCACAACAGGCCGCGACGCCAACGCCCGCGUCCUCUUCAAAGCAGAAAACUUCCAACUCACAGGCUCCUUUAAACUCCGCGGCGCAACCUCCAAAAUCUCCGCAUCCCAAGCCACCGACUCCGACUCUCAUAACAACAACCAAAAGCUCAUCACAGCAUCCUCGGGAAACCACGGCAUCGGCGCCGCCCACGCAGCUCACGCCCUAAACCGCUCCCUCACCGUCGUCCUCCCAGAAACGGUCUUCCCCGCCAAACUCGCCAAAAUCAAGUCCCUCGGCGCGACCGUUAUCCUCCACGGCACAGAAACAGGUCUCGCGGAGCAACACGCCCAACACCUCGCCGCCUCGGAGGGUUACACCUACAUCUCGCCCUACAACGACCCCCUAGUCGUCGCAGGCCAGGGCACGAUCGCUCUCGAGAUCCUAGAACAGUGCGCCGCGCAGGGAAUCCGCCCGCUCGACAACAUCUUCAUCGCCAUGGGCGGCGGGGGACUCAUCAGCGGCAUCGGGUCCGUUCUCAAGGCAUUCGCUCCGCACGUGAGAAUCUACGGCGUCGCGGCGACGAACUCGCAGGCUCUUGCGGAGUCUAUCCGUGCCGGGAAGGUUGUGGAGACGGAGCAUUUGCCUACGCUUGCUGAGGCGGUGGCGGGCGGGAUGGACGAGGACUCGAUUACGCUGCCGCUUGCGAGGGAAGUGGUGGAUCGAGUUGUUGGUUGUAGCGAGGAGGAAAUUGCGGACGCGAUGAGGAGGAUCGCGGUGGAGGAGAAUAUGGUUGUCGAGGGGGCUGCUGCGUUGGCGUUGGCAGGGUUUGAGAAGGUUAAGGAGGAUGUUGAAGGCCAGACGAGUGUUAUUUUGCUUUGUGGGGGAAACGUUGAUCAGGGGGUUGUGAAGAAGAUUGUAUAUGGGCUGGACUAG